AUGGCAGAUUCUAUUCAAUAUCCUUCUAAUGACUCUGAAUUCGUUGGCGUUUUGGUUUUGACUUGUCUCGUGUUCAGGACUUUAAACAUGUUUUUAGAGAUCUCGGAGGAUGAAGGGAAACCCGUCAUUAGGUUCACCAUUUUUCGAGUUCCCGAUCAGCUACGCAGAGUAAACGAAGAGUGUUAUGAACCACAAGUCGUUUCAAUCGGUCCUUACCAUCGCGGAAAAUCUCACCUACAAAGAAUGGAAAGUUACAAAGUACAGUUUCUAAAACAACUCCUGAUCAGAAGAAGGUCAAGAAAUUUGAACCAUGAUGAGCUAAAAGAAGAAGCUGAUCAGCUACAACCCUAUGUGUUGGCCAUGGGAGCACUCGAAAAAAGCGCUCGUAAAUGCUGCGAAGAAACGGUUAGUCUCAGUUCCGAAGAGUUCGUGAAAAUGAUGAUUCUUGAUUCUUGUUUAAUUCUUGAGAUUAUCCGCUGUCGUAUAGAUGAUUAUGAAGAGGAGGACGAUUCUAGUUUUGCAAUUAUGCUUUAUUUAUAUAGCAUAAACAGGGAUCUGUUUCUACUUGAGAAUCAGAUUACUUACUUUGUUCUGUUAAAGUUUUUUAAACUUUCUGAGAUGCCAGACCAAAUUCCAUUCAGUACUCUAAUAAAAAGUCCAUCGGCAAGCGACGAAUCGGAACCCAUUCGUUGCGCUGGAGAGCUAAGAGAAGCCGGAAUCAUAUUUCGAAGAGCCGGAGAUGAACAAGAACGAAGCAUAUUUGACGUAAAGUUCAAACGAGGUAGGCUAGAAAUCCCAUCUUUGGUCAUUGAAGAGGACACAGAAACAAUCUUGCAUAAUAUGAUAGCUUUCGAGCAGUUACUUGCGGAUGAAGUUAGCUAUUUCUCAGAUUAUAUGGUAUUAAUGGACAGUCUCAUAUACCUCUUUACAAUGUCACAUUUUUCAUUCUUAAAAAAUUAAAAUCAAAUAGUGAAAUUUGAUUGCAAA